AUGUCACACCCGCUCGUGGCAGCCGUUUGGGAGCAACUCGGGCGCCGUGAUCUGGCAAGUAUUCUACGCGAGAUUAUCGGGGAGCAUGCGGCUGCGAUCGCCGUCUCCCAGAUCCAAGAUGGCACCCAGGCCUCCAAGGUCGAGUCCCUAACGCGCUCCGUGUUUUGGAUCCGCGCCAUUUUCGAUCUACAGAGGACGUACUUGCAGGGAUUGAGGAGCGUUCAUGAUGGCCAGUCGAACUUUUUGCAUUACCUAUUGCCGUCGGAUGUCAUUCUGUCGGCCGUCAUGUACCUGGUGCAGGUCAAGACCAGCCUGUUUCCGUGUACCUCGACCACCGCGCCCGAUCUGAUACGGUCUCGACAUUUCUUGGCCCAUACGUUACUGGCGGGCAUUCGCCUGUUGCUACUGCGCGGCGAGAACCUGUCGCCCGAUGCGAAAUUUAACAUGGAGCGCGUGAUCCGUUCGGCGUGGCGCGACCCCGACUUGUCCGGUAUGGAGAGAUAUCUGGUCAGCGACCUGUUGCCUAAGGCCAUCAACAGCAUCGGCUCGCCAGAGCUGUGUAGGAGUCAAACUCCCCUGGCCAUGGGGAAAUCCGGCUCUCCGGCGUUUGUUUCGGGAAUGUACCCGUUCUCCGGGACAUCGGAGCCAAACAUCACGGAACUUUUAUCCGCACUCCUCAAGAACAAGACCGACCAACUGAUACCGUUCUGUCUCCUAUUUGACAUGCUGUGGGCCGCGGAGUCGGCCCUUGUCCAGUGCCAUAUUGAUCGCCGGCGCAUCUCCCAGGAAGAAGAGCACACUAGUGAUGCGGUAUUCGAGGUUGACGAGGCUUUCGAAGAAGCGCGAGAGACACGGACGAAAUUAGCCAAAACAAUUCUGGCUGCGUUCAAGGAUGAAUUUACCACUCCGUCCCUGCAGGUAUUGGCGACCAUUAUAUUGAGCCAGGACGGUGAGGGUCAGCCGCCCGUGCAAACGAGGAGGAUUCGAGACUCGUGGGCUCAGCUUUCCGGGCUACGCGAGACAUGGGAGAGCUCCCUCGGGCACCUGGUGAGGUGGUUGAUCAACCGCAGAGUCCAACUAUGGGGCUGUAACGGGGAGCUGGAAGCGAAUUCACACUAUUACCAGCAGAACCUGGCUAAUUGGUUACAACUAUCGCCUCUGCCAGAUAGCGGUGACACAUUCCAGGUGCCUGAAAAAUGGGCCGAUAUCAUCUAUGUGGUGAAUUGUCCUGCAGUACACCUCAUUCCCAGAGGACUGUUAGAGGAACAGCUGAGAAACUUUGACAAAAACGCCCUCGAACAACUGAAAGGGAACUUGCGGUUUUUGACCACGAAUAUAUCCUGUCCCAUGUGCCCUGCAAACACAAAGAUCCAGUACGCACGGAUGAUUGAGCCUCUCGAUCAAGUGACCACGCCAGUACUCCCUGAAUCAGACAGCAACAGGCGUCUCUCACUCUCCGGCUCAAUCUCCCGAAAUACAACAUCCUCGAGUUCUGUAAGCUAUUCGACGAGCCACUCUUCGGGUGAUGCAUUGAGGAGUCCCGUCACACCGGCAUCAGUUACUCCGGGGUUCAAUGAGAUCGGAAGCAAUCAAUCAGUUGCCAUGUACCCAGAAGUGCUGGACCCAUACCUGACUCGGGCGAAGGGAGAUCCGUUGCUUGAGAAGGCAAAAGUCAAGGCGAUUUCAAGAGAGCUGAAGAGUGUGAAGCUACCCAUUAGUGGAGGAUCUAUAUUUAGACGCGGUUCAUCCCGUGAGGCUCAACUGCCUCAACAACCUCGAUUCUGUUUCUCGGCAUCUGGGGGGUCUCUCCUCCUUUGGGGUGCUGGUAGCAACUGGUUAGCGCGCUUCGAAACAUCCUCUGUUGAAGCGCAGAAACCCAUUGGUCAACGAUAUGACGUGUCCGGCGUACAAUACGCUGCCGCAGGCGAUCUGCGCUGCGCUGCUAUUGCCGCUGUCGGAGAACACUAUGAGCUUCUUAUCUUUCACAAAAAUGCGCCCAUUCCAGAGGCAUUCGUGACAAUUGACACACAAUUGUCUUUAUUACCUCAGGUUUCCAUGGUAAUGUCGCGUGAUGAUAGAUACGUCGCGUUUACCCUCAAUGAGGAGGUUCGAAUCUAUGAGGUCGGCACCAGAUACAUCAGAAAAGUCUCGAUAGACAUGAAUCUGAAUCACCACAAAGUCUAUUCUGCCGAUAGCUCAAUAUCAGCAGAUGAUACGACAGAAAAGGGCAAUAAACCAGCACUUGAGAGGAAGAUCCAAUUCUCCACCGACGGGAAGAACCUCGUCGUUGCGACUCAUUUGGGAGGCCAGGAUGCCUUUGUGGACGUUUGGAACUGCAGCACUGAGCAAUGGAAUGUCGGUCCUGACUGUUCGCGGACAUUCAAGCUUCCACCGUGGACACCCAACGAUAAAGGCGCCACGUGUGUUUUCUAUGACAACUACCACCGUGCCGUCCUCUUAACAGCUGCAUCCAAAAAGGAUUACCCUAUAUCAUCCCCUACUGUCGAGGAGAGCAACAUGAGUGACCAAUCUGCCACAACGAUCAUCCACGCCGCCCAAUCACCGUCCGGGUCGCGGUUUGUAAUUGCCAAUGGGAACAACCAGAUCUGCUUGUGCAAUACCAGUGCUAGCGGGACAAUCAGGCCUUCGCGGACAAAGAAGGCCUCCAACAAGAUCAGCCCAUCAGUCUUUAAGCCAGGAAAGCUAGCUCUCUCCUUCCCGCGGGAGAACGAGGUGCUCCUGUUCUGGAUCAAACAGGGGCGGCUUAUACUCCGCAUGGUCCGGUUAUACGAGGGCAACGAGACCGUCAGCGAGUACGAUUUGCGGUCCGACUAUGACCGGCUAGUAGUGGAGCGCCUGCAAAUGGCCGGGUCGCCAAUACACCACCGACAACAUUCCUUGUCGAAUCAGCCCAUCGCGGAGAUGGAUGGUCUGGCGUUAUCAUCUCCUCGAAGGCCCGAUAUGCCCGAACUCCCGUCGACGUGA